AUGUCUUAUAUAAAAAAUGUUUCAAUUGGAAAAGCAUCAAUCGAUGCUGUUUUAUCAACAUCUGGAGUGUAUUGGUGCAUUGCUGUAGUGAUUCUAUUAGAUGAUAGUAGAGCUUACAUGUUUCACACAGAUCCAUCUAAGUUUAAUUUAGAAAACAAGAAUAAUAUGCAACACGAAGUUCAAAAUUUGAUUAAACAAUCAAUUUUAAUGUUCAAUCAACGUAAAAACAAAAACAACUCGUCUUUUAAAAGCAUAUUUAUCAUUGGUGGUUUAAAUAAUGUCAGGUAUAAAUCAUUCAACGAUGAACUAAAUCGGAUGAAAAAUAAUUAUGCUACAGUUAUACCAGUAAUUGAUGGAUUGAAUAUUAAUCAAUUACAAGAUUUUCUCAAAUGUAUUGAAUAUUCGAAUACAAUCAUGAACCUAGACGGUGGUGAUCUAGAUGAAAUGAAAGGAUUAGUACUUAUUUCGGAUCUAACUAUACUUUUCGAUCGAACAGUAACACCACCGGUAUUUUUCAUUGCUCAAUACUAUGACUAUGAAAUCAAUUUAUUUGGUGAUAUGAGAACAAUAAAUCCACAAAUAUUAUUUAUGUACAAUUUCAACAACAAAUCCUGGAGUAUCAUCGAUAUUCAAUUAUCGACUUUGCAAUCAGAUCAUGUCAAUAAUAUUGUACACGAAUUUAAUAAUAACUUUUUAUUAGGUGAUAAUCUGGAAAAGACAAAAGAUCAAUUAAUGAAUUAUAUCUCAAAGAUUAAACAUUGA